GUUGUUGGAAUACAAUACUACCAUAUUGCAAAGAUCAUUCUGGCAUUUGCCAAUUAUUCGAGUUCUGUCCCCGGUGCAGAGAACUUCAGGCUAUCCCGAAAUACUGAGAAAACUGUCAGGCACCACCUCUUCAUGGUCCUUGGCUUGGCCAAAUCUAACCCCAAAGCUGAGAGCACUCUUUUCACUGCGGUAUGGGGUUGGGUCAUUCGACGUAAAGAGGAUCAGGAAGCCGCCGAUGCUCUUUUGACAGAGAUGGAAACCAGGACUGGCUGGGAUGUCACACAGUCUAUCCAAGCUUUACGACAGCAAUGGGCAGGCGAUGAUUCUGAUUGCUAAGACAAUGCUCGGAGUCCAGCCGAGUGUAAUCUUCCCAAAUUGAUCAUGAGAUGCAUCCCAAGUAGUAUACUAAGCGAUGUGCUACGACUGCGUGAAGAUAUUCGCAUUACUGUGAAAGCUUGAGGUCAUCCA